UUGUUUGUGUAAAGAGAUGUUGAACCCCAUCUCACUAGGAUACAAACAACACCGGCUCUGAAGUUGCCAGAUUUUUAAAGUCCUGAUGGCCAAUAUAAAGCCAAACCUGCCAGUCAGGAGAAGCCUGUCACUGAGGGCAACAUCCUCCACCAAACCAGCAACAACACCCGGCAUCCCGCAUGCCGCAAGCUGGUCACAACGUCCGCUCAGCUACCAGCUAAAGACAGACUCCACCAAACCGGCAGACGACAGCCUGAAAUCACCGCGAAGUGUCAGGGCCAGUUUGGCAGCUCCAGGCUCCACAAGCAGGCCAGUGACCUCAGCAACCAACGGACUUGCAGACGGCAGCCUCAGAACUGGCACCAAAAAACCCAAACAGCUGACCAUCUCCCAGGAUACCGUCCAGAGGCUGGCGGUGGGCGGGAUACCCCACACCUCGCCACGCAUGCGCAGACGAUCUCUCUGCACCACCUCUGACGUCACGGCGAUCCCCUCAGGCGAACGAUGCGAGCCGAAAUCUAUUUUAAAACAUUCGCCGCGCAGGCGCAGUAUGUCGUACGGAGAGAUCGCCGCGUCGUCGUCUGUGUUCAAACAAUCGCUCAUGUCAGCUCACUACCCAGACGACGAGGGUCAGACAAACCACGUGGUCUCGCCAUCAGACAGGGACUUUCAACCCAGUGAGGAGCUCAUCUUGAAAAACUGCAACUACCGCUUAUCUCCCCUCUCUCUCCCCUCGGAGAAGAAAGUUACGUUUAUUGACGAUGUCGUCAAUAUCACUAAUUAAUUAAACUUUCAUUAAAAUAAUGAGUAUAGAAACAAAACUUUCUAAAACUGUGUAUGUUAUUGAGGAGACUAGGCGUUUUUCCUUGGAUAUUAAAUAUUUCACUUAAAGAUUUGCGUCUCUGGUGAAACUGAAAGGGAGACAAAAUGUCGACUUCCUGUGUAUGAGACAAAAUGUCGACUUCCUGUGUAUGAGACAAAAUGUCGACUUCCUGUGUAUGAGACAAAAUGUCGACUACCUGUGUAUGAGACAAAAUGUCGACUUCCUGUGUAUGAGACAAAAUGUCGACUUCCUGUGUAUGAGACAAAAUGUCGACUUCCUGUGUAUGCGACAAAAUGUCGACUUCCUGUUUAUACCACUGUGUACCAUAUGUCCACUUAAGUCAUGUGCCCAGAGAACAUUGCACCCAGCUGUUAUAUUCACAUGUUUGAAUCAAAUGCUCAUCAUCUGGUUGUGUUAUUAAAUUAUAUU